ACUUGCAUUGAUAACCUGCGACUCAGAGUCACUCAGUCUCACUUUGUGGACGUCCCCUUCGCCUGGAAGUCCCUUCGCUCUGCUCCGUCUCCCCGUCUGCCUCCUUACUCUCGGCCUGUCGGCAGACCCGCUCGGACUCCUGUUGCCAUGACGCCCACCCCGCCGUUGUUCCUGCUGCUGCUCUGCCUCAUUGGGGCUCAGGCCACCGUGGACCUCCGCACGGCCGCCGCCAUGGCGGCCGGUUUGUGCAAAACCCGUCCCACAGACAUCGUGUUUAUCGUCGACAGCAGUCGGAGCGUUCGCCCUUCAGAGUUUGAGCAGGUCAAGGUCUUCCUGGCUAAAGUCAUCGAGGGACUGAAUGUCGGACCCAACGCUACUCGCGUGGGAGUCGUCAACUACGCCAGCCGCGUCAAGAACGAGGUGUCUCUGAAGACACACCGCACCAAAGCCGGACUGAUUAAGGCGGUGACCAAGAUCGAGCCCCUGUCCACUGGAACAAUGACGGGUCUGUCCAUCCAGUUUGCCAUGAAUGUGGCCUUCAGUGAGAGCGAGGGCGCUCGUGUCAAAUCUCCUGACAUUAGCAAGGUCGCCAUAAUUGUGACAGACGGGCGUCCCCAGGACAACGUGAAGGAAGUGGCCCAACGUGCACGGGACGCCGGCAUUGAGCUUUUUGCCAUCGGCGUGGGUCGCGUGGACAUGAGCACCCUGAAGCAGAUGGCCAGCGAUCCUCUGGACGACCACGUGGACUACGUGGAGAGCUACAGCAGCAUCGAGAAGCUCACCAAGAAGUUCCAGGAGGCCUUCUGUGACACAGUGUCAGACCUGUGUGCCACUGGGGAUCAUGACUGUGAGCAGGUAUGCAUCAGCUCCCCUGGAUCAUACAAGUGUGCCUGCAAAGAUGGCUUUACCCUCAUGGACAAUGGUCGCAGCUGCAGUGCCUGCAGCAACUCAGCGACUGAUGUGGUGUUCCUGAUCGAUGGCUCCAAGAGCGUGCGUCCGGAGAACUUUGAGCUGGUCAAGAAGUGGAUCAACCAGAUCAUUGACAAACUGGACGUUUCUGAAAGCAAGGCUCACGUUGGACUGGUCCAGUACUCCAGCUCAGUCAGACAGGAGUUUCCCCUCAGCCGCUUCAACAACAAGAAGGACCUGAAGGAGGCCGUGAAGAAGAUGGCCUACAUGGAGAGGGGAACCAUGACAGGUCAGGCUCUGCGCUACCUGACGGACAACAGCUUUGCCGCCGGUCAGGGCGCUCGGCCUGGAGUCGCCAAGGUGGGCAUCGUCUUCACUGACGGACGCAGCCAGGACUACAUUGGAGAUGCCGCCAAGAAGGCCAAGGAGCACGGUUUCAAAAUGUACGCCGUCGGAGUUGGCAACGCGGUGGAGGCUGAGCUGAAAGAGAUCGCCUCUGAGCCGACUGGAGAGCACUAUUUCUACACCGCUGACUUCAAAGCUAUGACCCAGAUUGCCAAGAAGCUGCAGAUUAACAUCUGUCAAGAGGACGACCCUUGUGAAUGUGACUCCCUCGUAAAGUUCCAAAAGAAAGUAGAAGACGCCCUACAGGCACUGACAAAAAAAUUAGACAGUAUGUCGAAGAGAAUCGCCUUGCUGGAGAACAAAAUUGUUUGAGGACUCACAUCCCUCUUCUUCCUACACGUGCACAACCCCCCCACGUACACACAAACACACAGACAAACACCUUUUACUUCCUGUAAAAUACAGAGCAGGAACCCGGGUGAGUGCGGACCCUAACCUGCGCUUCUAUCCCGAGCUCUCCCACACCACCUCUACCCCCACCUCUCCGUGUUACCUCUUCCCCCCUCGGUUCUCCUGGGACACGAAGCGCCGGUCGCCAUGGGGACCACGCCUUUGUGUGUGCUCCGGAGGUCAUGCUCCAUAACCAGCCUGUGUGUUUGUUAAUAAAAGUCUUCCCUCAUAGGGAAACAGUGACGGUA